AAAAGAAACAAUUUGAUGUACAAAAACUUCUGCGAUAGUCGGAAUACAAAACCUUCCAUUAUUGAUCCAAAAAAAUAAAAACAAUUUAAUGUACUAAAACUUCUGCAAUAGUCAGUAACAAAACCUUCCAUUAUUAAUUCAAAAGAUAAAAAAAGACAUUAGUUUGAUGUACUAAAUCUUUCGCAAUAGCCGAUAUACUAAACCUCCUAUUAUUAAUCCAAAAAAGAUAAUCUGAUGUACUAAAACUUCCACGAUAGUCAGUAUACUAAACCUUCCAUUAUUAAUCCAAAAGACCAAAAAGGACAUUAGUCUGAUGUAUUAAAGCUUCCGUAAUAAUCGAUAUACUAAACCUCCCACUAUUAAUUCAAAUACCAAAAAAGAUAGUAUAAUGUACUAAAGCUUCCGCGAUAGUCGGUAUACUAAACCUUCCAUUAUUAAUCCAAAAAGACUCCAUAGAUUUAAAGUCAUCUCCUCCUCCUCCUUCCCAAAGCAACCAUGUCCUUUCAUCUUCUCCUCCUCUUCCUCCUCUUCCUCCCCAUCUUGUCAUCUUCCCAAAAAAUCCUCACAUCAUUCACCUCCAAAUCCCCUCCAUGGUCACCUUCCAACAACCAACUCCUCCUCUCACCAAACUCCACUUUUGCUGCUGGAUAUCUCCCAUCUUCCCAAACAUCCUUCACUUUCUCCAUUUGGUACUACAAACUCCCUACACUCACAACCAUCUGGUCAGCCACUCCAAAGUCCCUACUCAAUUCUACAUCAACCCUUUUCAUCUCAUCAUCUGGUGAGCUCAAAUUAACUCAAACUUCAUCCUCUUCUUCUCCAAAUCUUUGGCCUUUAAGUUCGAAAACUCGAAACACCUCAGCUGUUUUGCUACUACAAGACGAUGGGAAUUUAGUUUAUGGGAAAUGGAACAGUUUCUUGAUCCCAACUGAUACUUAUCUUCCAAACCAGAAUGUCAACGGAACGUAUUUAACUUCGAGUAAUGGGAGAUUCCAGCUUGUUGUGUUAAAUACGGAUGCGAAUGUGAACAGUCUUGUGUAUAAUGGAAAUGACAGUUAUUUCAGUUUUCAGAAUGGGGUAAAGAGGCUGGAGGAGACGGGGGAAGUUACUCAAUUUAAUGGAAGGUUUUACACGUCGGAUUUCGGGGAGAAGGGGAAGUUGAGGAGGAUGAAGCUGGAUGAUGAUGGGAAUAUGAGGAUAUAUAGUAUUGAUAUGAGUUCAGGUAGAAACUGGAGUGUUGUUUGGCAAGCUGUGAGUCAGUUGUGUACUAUUCAUGGUACUUGUGGUACGAAUUCGAUAUGUAUGUAUGAUGCUUCAACAACUCAAACUUCUUGUGUUUGUCCACCUGGUUUUAGGAAAGGUGAUAGUGAAUCGUGUGUGAGGAAAAUUCCGUUGGUGGCAACGGAUACGAAGGCUAGUAAGUUUUUACCUCUUGAUUAUGUUAAUUUUACUGGUGUUGGUAACCAAACAGAUCUUAAAUCCUCGAACUUUUCGAGUUGUGAAAUGAAUUGUUUAGUUAAGGAUAAUUGUUUAGGUUUUAUGUUCAAGUAUGAUGGGACUGGAUAUUGUGUGCUUGUAUUAGAGAAACUGUUGUAUGGAUAUUGGUCACCAGGUACUGAAGUUGUGACGUAUUUGAGGGUGAAUAUUAGUGAGAACGAUGUAUCGAAUUUCACAGGCAUGACUAGUUUGAUGGAAACAUCAUGUCCUGUGCGAAUUAGCCUUCCGUAUCCACCGGAGGAGUCUAAGGCUACGACUAGAAAUAUCGUGAUCAUAUCGACUAUAUUUGCAGCUGAGUUGAUUAGUGGAGUGUUCUUCUUUUGGGCAUUUCUCAAGAAGUAUAUUAAGUAUAGAGAUAUGGCAAGGACUUUUGGUCUUGAAGUCAUACCUGCAAUUGGACCGAAAAGGUUUAGUUUUUCGGAGAUCAAGACUGCAACUAAUAAUUUCAGUAGUAAAAUCGGGAGGGGUGGAUUCGGAGAUGUUUACAAAGGGAAGUUGAGUGAUGGUCGAGUUGUUGCCGUGAAGUGUUUGAAGAAUGUGAAAGGCGGUGAUGCUGAGUUCUGGCCUGAGGUAACGAUCAUAGCACGGAUGCACCAUUUGAAUUUGGUGAGGCUGUGGGGAUUUUGCACCGAGAAAGGUAGGAGAAUACUUGUGUAUGAGUAUGUACCUAACGGUUCAUUGGGUGAAUUCUUGUUCCAAAAGGCUCCGACCGUGUCACCAGAGGAGCAGAAACCCGUACUUGAUUGGAAUAUCAGGUACAGGAUUGCGCUUGGCGUGGCAAGAGCAAUUGCUUAUCUACACGAAGAGUGUUUGGAAUGGGUAUUACAUUGUGAUAUCAAGCCUGAAAAUAUUCUCUUAGGCGACGAUUUUUGCCCAAAGGUGUCUGAUUUCGGGCUAGCAAAGCUAAAGAAGAAAGAGGAAAUGAUGACCAUGUCAAGAUUUCGAGGCACUCCAGGAUACGUUGCACCAGAAUGGAUGAAAGCUGAUCCAAUAACUCCGAAAGCAGAUGUAUACAGCUUCGGAUUAGUGCUCUUGGAAAUAGUUUCCGGUUCAAGGAACUUCGAGCAUCAUAACUCAAAGGUGGAUAGUGAUCAAUGGUUUUUCCCUACUUGGGCAUUUGACAAGGUGUUUAAGGACAUGAAUGUCGAUGAUGUUUUGGACCCUCGAAUCAAACAUUCAUAUGAUUCGAGGGCAAACUUUGACUUGGUGAAUAGGAUGGUGAAGACAGCAAUGUGGUGCAUCCAAGAUCGGCCAGAUGCGCGACCAUCAAUGGGGAAAGUGGCUAAGAUGUUAGAAGGGACAGUGGAGAUCAUCGAGCCAAAGAAGCCGACCAUUUUCUUCUUAUCGGAGGAAUAAUACAUGGCUCAAUCCUCGUCGUGCAAGCCUUGGAAACAGCCUUUGGCAGAAAUGUAAGGUAAGGCUGCGUACAAUACACUCUUGUGGUAGAGCCCUUCCCCAGACACCGCGCAUAAGCGGUAGCUUUAGUGCACCGGGUUGUGUCAACAAGUUGGUAUGAGCAUGUAUACCAUGUUGUUUUGUAAUAAAGAAUAGUAGACAGGUAUCAGGAUCAUUGUAUUGUGAUUUAUCUGUUUUUUUUUUUUCUGUCUUGUUAUCUUGAUUGAGUUAUAGUUUUAAAGUAUACUUUGGAGAUAA